GUGUGUGUGUGUGUGUGCUCAUCAUCGUCACAGCAGGUGUCAAACAGGUGCGCCAUGGCAACACACCCCCAGGAGAACACGCCCCCUGCGGUCCACCCUCCCCCGCUCAGACUGAGCCGAUCAGACUCGUUGGACUGCGAUCAGACUCACACACACCGACUGAUCAACUCCAGCCAACAUCAGUGUGACCUUUAACCUCUGAAGACCACAGACCGCGUUGAUAAUCAAUCGAUGAAGGUGACGGCAUGGUUCUUCCUCCCGAUUGGUCCGGUCAGCUGCAGGUUCAGGUGGACUCUUCUUCUGGUCUUGACUCUUGUUUUUGAUUGGUGGAAACGUCCUUGAAAGGCGCUCUCUCUGUUUUCAACUGCAGCUCAGGUGUGACUCACAGAGCCUCAGGUAAUCCCAGCAGUCUCCUUGGUGACGGCGGGCUCUCAGCUGCUGCGACAGCCUGCUGAAGCUGCUUGUCCUCUGCUCCUCGUUUCAGAAGAAACCAACAGCUGAUCGAUCAGCUGAUCAGAGAGCCUGCAGGUGAUUGGAUCACUUCGGCACGGUGCACGUUCCUGUCCUGCGAGUCCAUGUGAAGAUGGCGGACAUUUUGAGCACGCUGUACGCCGCUCUCAUGCUGCUGACGAGCGUGGCAUCCACCUGUGGGAACCUCCUCCUCCUACUGGUGCUCCUGCUGAACAAGGAGCUGCGGUCCGACACGCUGGGCCUCACCCUGAGCUUUAGCCUUAGCGACCUCGCUCUCGGACUCUCCGCCAUCCCCUUCAGUGCGUACAACAGCCUCUCCCAGCCUGUCAGACACUCCAGUGAGGCCGACGUCUGUCAGGGCGGCGGCUUCAUCUUCCUCCUACUGCAGACCGCCUCCCUGCACUCGCUUGCCUGGGCUACCAUCUACAAGUUCACGGAGAUCUGCUUUGCACUCAGCUUCCACAGCAUCUGGACGGCGGGGCGGAGCCGGGCGGUGCUGAUCGCAGUCUGGCUGUUCUGCCUGGCCAACGCCACCAUGCCACUGCUGGGUUUCGGCAGCUACGCCUACAGCGAGUCACGAUUCCUCUGCUGCCCGAGCUUCACCCCGGAGAACAGGUACUUCGUGCUGCUGUGGAUGGGGGCGGGCAUCGUAGCGCCGAUCCUCACCAUGUGCUCGCUGUACGGAUACAUCGUGUACGUGGCCAGGAAGCAGGCCAGGAGAGGAACCUUCAUGUGCAACGAGCUGCACUGUUUCUACGUUCCUGCCAACAACUACCUGAGGAGCUCCAUCGUCAUGGUCACCACCUCAGUGUGUUUGCUGGUCUGCUGGCUGCCCUACAUCUCUGUGUGUCUGUAUGAGACGCUGAGCGGUCAGCAGAGUCCGUCCGUGACCGCCGCCCUCUCCUCCUGGCUGGUUCUGACCAGCGCCGCGCUCAACCCGUGGAUCACCUGCAUGACGCAGACCAGGUACAGGGCGGCGGUGUGCCGAAGUUUCCGCAGGUUCGUUCCUUGUGCCGGGAUGUUCCUGGAGUCCCACUCCCAGAGCUCUGCCCUCCAUCUACCUGCGACCAAUCGCCCUAGCACAACAACAACAACAAGUAUGACCGCAACACAGCCUCCAUCUUCUCCCAAAACACUAACAAGACCAUGACCCUCCCAUCACCAUCACUGGACCUGUGCACUCUGGGAAAUGUAGGCCAUACUUCUCAUCUUCUUCUUCAGCGUGGACGAGUUCUGACGUGACGUUGUGUUCGAAGACCGCACACUGAUGUUCAGCUGAUGAUCUCCCGCAGUCUCACAACACGAAACAUUUCCUGAUCCACUCAGAGUCACAAACAGUCCGAGCUCUUUCAGCUCCAUUUCAGCAGAGGUGUGUUUAUGCUGACGAGACCACAUCAGCACAGAGUAGACGGAGGACGAAGGUCAAACUGUUCCAUGGGCUCAGUUACACUGAGCGUUUAAACUCUGAGCUGGACGCCGUGCUGCACGUGAACAGAGCUGAGAAACAGCCGGAGACUCUGGAAGUGACGAGCGGCUUGUGCAGCCCAGCAGGAUCGAGGAUGAUGGACAAACUUGGCGGAGCCUGGAAGUCAGCAUCUCCGCCCUGAUGUGUGCACUUCAAAUUCAAACUCAUUUCCUGCUUAUUAUGACUGAGCAUCCUCUUAGAAAGACUGUCAGUUUGGCUGCUUUAGUUUUUUGCCGUUUUCAUUUUGAAAGCUGUCCCGCUAAACAGCAAAAAUAAAAUGAUAUUACUUUUAAAAUAAUUAGAGCGAAUAAAUAAAAACUAAAAAAAUAAACUACAAACAGAUGAUCACUGGUCUAAUUGUUGUUUUAAACACCAACAUUUUACUAUCAAAACAUCAGUGGGGCUUUUAUUUUGUCAGCUUGAGCUCUUAUUUUCUCAACAGCAGGAUCUAUGACAUCAUCCUGUACCAUGACAUCACUGCAGAUCACUGAACUUUCUUUUAAUUGGUGGAUAUCAAUAAUUCAGUAGCUUCAUGGUGACGGUGACAGAAUCAAAGGUCAGAGGUCAGGUGUUUAUACCUGGUUG